GGCGGAUUGUUUUGAUGGAUGAAACUUCGAACUCAAAGCUCCUUUUUGAUAUAAGAUGCAAUCGCGUUCUUGUACCGUCACUGAUGCUUUCAGUUCUCAGCUAAAAGCUCUUUGCGUCAAGGAAUUUCCAUGUGGAUACGGUACAUGGAGAAUUCCGGAUUUUACGACUUCGACAAAGAAGAAGAACAAGACAGCGACGCUUGUUAUUUCUCCUACGUCACGUGCUGAAGUAACAGCACAACAUGAAACAACAGAAGGACUAGAAGAGCUGUCAGUCACAGUGCCUUAUGAUGUUGAUUGUUCUUGGAGUAACGAAGCAUCUACUUUAAGAGAAAUUGCCGUAAAAACACCAGAAAAACUGAGCAAGGAAUUUAUACUGAAUCACUUCAAAUCUCUUAGAAUUGUAGAUAAAAGGGUGACUGAUAUUGAUGAAGGGCUCCUCCAGUUUAGAAAUCUAGAAAAGUUCACCCUGAGUGCAAAUCUUAUCAGUAAUGUUGACUCAAAGAAACUCCCAUCUGAUUUACAGGAACUGGAAUUGUCUGCCAACCAGAUCUCAGAUAUUAGUCGACUCUGUAUCAAUCCUCCACCUUUGAUUCACCUUGGUUUAAGUUACAACAAGAUUGAGUCCAUUCCCAGUCAGAUGAAGCCACAAACAUGGAGUCACCUUCUAUCAUUAGAUGUCAGCUACAACAAUCUAUCUCGCCUUGAAGACACCAUCAAUAUACUAAAAUUGCUUCCUAAAUUACGCAACCUGGUUCUUCAAGGAAAUCCUUUGGUGCUUGUACCUAGUUACCGUGGUUACAUCAUUGACUCAAUUCGGCAAUUGACUAUACUGGAUGAUAGCCGUAUAUCUGCAGAUGAAAAGCAUUAUUUCAAAGGACUUGCCAAACUAAAAGAUAUCGCACUGGAUGAAAGUCGACUCACUGUUGCAGUGGAUGGUAUAACAGGAGUUAAACCACCAGAGGAAAUAGAGGAUCCAGAGUCGCAGAUGGAGUGGCCGAGGAUAGAACACAAAUACCAUGUAGAAUUCAAGUUUCUUGAGCUCCCCUUUGAACAACGUGUCCCAUCUCCUGCUCCUUCGGCACCAACCCUGUCUGUAACUGGUCCAGAAGAAGAGGAUUCCAAGACUAUAACAUACAGUGAAAUAACACAGUCUGGUGAAGCAGAACCAGGUUYGUUACUUAAAAACAGAAGUGAAAGUCUUCCUUGGGCAGAGGAGUCCAUUGAUGUGAACUACUUCAAAGACUUUCACACCAAAAAGCUGAUUGAAUUGAGAGACUUUCUAAAGGAAGGAAUAGAGUUUAAUGUUAUUGAAACCAAGCACUCGUAUGUGCAGGAAGAUCCUAAUGCUCUGCAGGAAGAUUCAAAACACAUCACCUCAGCAAAAGGGCACCAAGAAAGUAAAGACAAGCGCAAGAAGAGUGGCAACAAAGACAAGACUGAUAAAAGAAAAGAUUCAGGAACAAAACCAAAAGACAAGGGAAAAGAUGGGAAAGGAAAAGGGAAGGGAAAGCAUGAAGAKAUGGAAUUGUUUGAGUUACCAAGAGAACACAAAACACUAGGAUCCUGUCAUGUCAAUCUGAGUAUUCUCCUGGAUGGAGAAUUUGAAGUAACACRGGAAUGUAUUUGCGAGGAAGAAGAAAAGACAAAUGCUGAACCAAAGGCAGAUGAUAAUAGGAGUGUAGCAAGUGGGAAACAUGGUGGAAGCGAAAAGAAGAAAUCACAUAAAGGGGAUACAGCAGAGAAGCCCGGCAAAGGUCAAAGACAGGCUACCGAUAAACGAGCAUCGCAAGGGAAGGCAGUGAAAGGCGGCAAGGAAGAAAAAGGGGGGAAAGGAAAAGCUGGGAAAGAGGAAGAGACARUAUAUGACGAAGAGGAAGAGAUGCCUCCUCCRCCRCCACUAGCUAUGAAAGUCACACUCYGGCUACAUCACUGGAAGUCAGCCAAGGAAGCUACAGUAGCCUCGUCAAGUUAAAAURAUUAAAAUGAUGUACAGGUAAUCAAAAAGUUAGACCAUCAAUAUUAAAAAUGAAUGAGAAAUAAAAAUAAWAAUGAAAAAUAAAGAAGUACUUUAAAGA